AUGGCUUUAAAAGAACGCUUCCCAUGCGGUUAUGGAGUCUGCGACUCAGUGUCAUCAUCAGCACUCAAGUCCAUUUUUUUGUUGAAUGGCGAACGAGGUUGUGGAAAGUCAACACUUGUUGCUGAAUGGCUGAGGAUAUUUAGAGCAAAUAAUCCAGAGGUUAUGGUGGUCUCCUACUUUGUUGGAAGCAGUGGGCGGAGCAGUGACAUUAUGACUUUCAUGCGAUAUUGCAUCACAGAGCUCCAGGGAAGAUACUUUGGUAUCCAAAAUGAAGAUUUUUAUUCUCAUGAUAAUAUUUGUGACAUGUGGUCCUUUCCUCUUGUGGUAGAGGCUUUCGUAGCAUCACUUACCUUAAAACCAUGUGUUCUUCUUCUGGACGGUGCUGAGGAGCUAUCUGCAAUUCAUGGAUUACCUUCUGAGCAAGCAAAAGGUUUUACGUGGCUUCCUAGCAAUUUGCCUAAUCACUGCAAAAUUAUUCUGACAACUACUGCCUCCCACCUGUCAUACAAAUAUAUUAAGGAGCGUUGUGAUGUCCACAUUGCAGAUAUUUUGAAGAUAUCGGAUGAAAGCACCCGGUUAAGCAUUUUUCAGAAACAGUUACCAACGUCAGACAGAUUUAUUCCCACUGAGCAGCUGAAAGAGAUUCUAAACCACAAAAGAAAAGUAUCCCCUCUGCAACUUGCAGUUCUUGCAAGCGAACUUAGCUCGUGUGGAAUUUAUACAAACAAAUUAGAUUGUUUAGAAAACUACCUGGAUACUCUCUCAAUGGAGCAACUUUGGUCCCUGGUAAUUCAGCGUUGGGCUGUAGACUACAGCUGGGCAUGUGAAAGGAAGGAGAAAAAGAAAAAUAGGUCUUCUAUUACUGAAUUACACGGUACAGUGAUGGAAGGCUGGGUAGUAGAUGUCUUAUGUUUACUUUGUAUUUCCCGUUGUGGACUCAGUGAUCAUGAUAUUCUUCAACUUCUGAAACUAAUGGGAUACCGACAGCAUUUGGAAGUCACUCCCUUACACUGGGCUUCCUUUCGUGCUGCAACAUCUAAAUGGAUUCAAGAGAAACCUGAUGGAUUAUUGCACAUUUGCCAUCGAUAUAUUCGUGAUGUUAUUGAGCACUUGCUGCUUGGCGCUGUUAUACCUAUCAAUGAGAGCCUGGACAAUUCAAUAAAUAAAUCUAUAAGCCGUAAACGAAAAAGAAUCCAUCAGCUUCUCAUUAAAUAUUUUCUGCAACUGGAUUUUUCAAGAAGAGUGUAUGAAGAGCUCCCCUGGCAUCUGGUGAUGAUUGGCAACACGGAUGAAUUGCAUAGAUUUCUAUCAGACACUAGAACUGUGGAUUUAAUAUCUAGAAAUAUGUCAUAUGGAUGCCAGAUGAAAAUGGAGCUCAUACACUACUGGCAGAUUCUGUCAUCAUCUGGAAAAGAACCUGCAGCGGAAUAUCAGAUGACUACCAGCGAAAUCACAGAGGGUGGCAAUAAUCUAUACAGAAUAUUGUUCUUUGUUGCACAAUGCCUUAAAGAUUUUGGCAAAAUAAAAGAAGCAGAAAACGUCUUCUUGUCAAUAGAAUCUCACCUGAUAACAAGCAUGUAUGAAAAGUCUAAAAUGGAAGUACUUUUGUGGACACAGAAAUAUCUUGGAGACUUGUGCUGUGAAGUUGGGUCAUUGCAAGAUGCAUAUAUGUACUAUAAGAAGGCACUUGCAAAUCUUCAAAGUUUGGGACCGGGAGAUUUAGAAAAUAAGAAGUUAUUAAAGUUCAAAGGUCCCUGUCAGAAGUCGGCUGAAUCUGUCAUACCUGAGGAACUGUUCUCUGCCCUGCAGCUGGAUCCACAGGCAACUAAGGAUAUACGAAAAUCCUCUUCUCUAUUCGUUGUUGUCUCUGGCAGGUUAAUGUGUCAUUUAGCGGUUUUGGAUGCCAGAAUGUUCCCUGGGCAGAGCAACAAGAUGCUUGAAGAUACUAUCAGACAUUAUGAGUUAUUUCAGCCUACUCCUUAUGAACAAGCUACAAUAAAACUUGCUCAAGGUCUUAACAAAUUUUCUGAUGGCGAUUUUUCUAAGGCAGAAAAAUAUUUUUCUGAAUGUUUAGAUAUCAGGUGCAAGCUGUAUGGCAAGAAGCAUAUACUCUGCGGAGAGGUCCAAGAAUGUCUUGCGGAUUUAGAAAACCAAAAACGGAAUAACCAAUAUUCCCACAGGAUACGAGCGCUCAACUAUUACACAGCGGUUAUAGAAAUAAAAGUGGCAUUUGAAGCUUUGACAAAAUCUGUGUCUGCCAAACAGAAUCUCCAAUUAAGCCUAAGCAAUACUUUACUUAAAGCAGGUAAACUAUUAAAUCAGACUGAUUUUGGAGGAAGUAAGGAAGCCAUUGGGCUACUUCAAAGAUCACUGGAUCUCAGAACAAGUGUUGUAGGUCAUGAUCAUCAUUUGAGUCUUGAAGUCCAAAGCAUUCUCAAAGAGGUGAAAAGUGCAUCUCCCAUUAAUAAAGAACAUUUUGGAUAUCAACAAUUCAACAGUAUUCAGAGGCCAAAAAGUGUACAGCAUUACAAAAGAUUUGAUAAUUUUCUAUCAAUAAUAAACAAUCAUGACACAACAUUAAACAAAGCUCCUGCCCUCAAUAACAUAAAUUCCCUAAAUCAGACUGAUGGUGCCAAAGACUUUUUAUCACAGUGCAGCAUAAAUCAAGAACAUUCUAUGCAAACAUUGCUAAGCACAAGGAACAUUAUGUGUGUUCAUGGAAAAUCUUCACUACUGUACAAGGAAGAGAAGAAAAAUCCACAAAAAGCUGAAACUAUCCCAGUAUCUCAGGCAUUAACAUUAAGUGGAAGGAAACCUACUUCUGAGAGAAUUGCCAUUGUUUUUCGACCUGCAAGUGUCUAUUCUGCAUCAAUGACAGGUCCUCUAAGUACCAUUGCAUCUUUAGCUCCACUUAAUAGGCCAAAGUCCAGUUCUGACAUAGAUAAAUUCAUCCACAAAGCUGCGUGGUACCAUGUUCCUGGGCGAUACACAACUCUUGAUGUAUCGUUUCCACCUAAAAGAAAUCAGCUACGUAAUAAGGCAAAAAUGAUCUAAUAUAGGAAUUUUGUUUUGACACGUUAUUAUCAUUUUCUUGGUUUUCAAAGUUUUAGGCGGGCCUCCUCAGAGGGGUGUAAGACAAUAUAAGGGAAGGGGUGGGAGCAGUUACACUUUGCACUAUCCUAUGGAAACUACAACCAACAGCUGACUUUGGCAAAACAUGGAACAUUUUUUAAGAGCCAACAAUGCACUUGCCAUGUAGAGUGGAAUAAAGAAAAGGGUGGGAUGUAGGUGGAAGAAAGGCACUGAGAUCAAAAUCGCUCAGUGAAAGCAUUGCAUUUGUUGUCUUGAUCUGUAAUAUGCUUUUAACACAUGAGAGCUGUGUGAGAACCCUGGGUCAAAUGUAAAUUCCCCAAAUUAAAAAUAAAUUCCACAAUGUUCUUUAAAGAGAAAAAAAGUAACAUCUUUUAUAUGAGGGGCGCUGUCUUGUACAUUUCGUCAGAGGAGAAGCUCACUACUAAAACUUUGUACUUUGGUUCUGAACUAACAAAUAUAUCAACCAGAUGGUUUGCUGACAUAUUUAAAACAUUUGUAGAAUGAUUUUUGUUUAUGAACCCCAAAAUAUGAUUUUGUUUAUUAAAUGUGUACAACUCUUGACUAUGUAAAGACUUUACUAUAUUAAUGAGCAUCUGUUUAAAAGAAGAGCUCAAUUUAGAAAUUAUUUGUUAUUAAUGGUCCUACUUAUAUCAAUUAUGUUGUGAUGAAACUACGAGAGGCUUUUAUGCCCAG